AUGACGUCCAAGCGAUUGCCCUUCAGCUGUGAGAAUUGUCGGCAGCGCAAAAUUCGUUGUAUCGGCUCUGGCCACUCACCUUGUCAGACAUGUUCACGGCGUGGUUAUGCAUCAAGUUGUCGGUUUAAGCGUCAGACACCCCUAAUUGACCCAUCUCUCGGGCUUAUGGGAAAUGCUGCCAGUUUGGAAGACUUGUUGAAGCAAAAUAUUGCACUGACCACCGCAUUAUUGAGCCAGAAAGGCCAAAGUCGGCUCCCUUCGCCAGCCUCCAGUCCGGAGGUCCCUUCAUCCCUACAGCCAUCACUUGAAGAAAAGCCACUGCAUGGUCCAGUACCAAGUCGGACAGGUCGUUUGGUCGUGUCUACUUCGAACCAUGUGCGGUUGGUCCCCUCGCAUGAUAUAGGGGACUCCGAUCUCCUCGAGGCUAUGCAAGAGCCUGCUUCUAGCUUCCCCGUGGGAUUCCCAUUUUUCUCCGAACAAUCGGGCUCUGUCUCCGAUGAGCUUCUGGGCCUGCUCCCACCACUUUUGCACCUCGAAGAGUUGAAAUCAACUUAUUUUCGAGUAUUCUCACCUCUCUUUCAUGUUCUCCAUGAUCCGACAUUCCACGCCAAAUACCAAGCGUUCAAGAGGAAUCCCAGGUCCACCCCAUUGGCAUUUUUAGGAUUAUUGUUCGUGACUCUAAGUCUAGCGGUCACCGCACUGGACGAUAACCAUCCCCUCCUGACAGAUUUGGGUCAUGACGUGAGUCCCCAUGCGAAUGUGCGCAGUCUUUCGGCAAAAUAUCGCUCGGCAGCCAUGCGGUGUCUUGCUGCCGAUAAUUUCAUGUUCUGCCAUAAUCUCUGCACAUUGCAGUGCCUGGUGCUCUUGAUCUACGCCAUGAACCACGCCCAGGAACCGGCGUGGUCAUUGCUUGGCACAACCCUGCAUAUUGCAGUUGCUAUCGGGUGUGCCGUUGAUCCAGAUCAUUUGAAUGUAGACCGCAUCGAGGCAGAAGAGCGUCGCAGAUGCUGGGCUGCACUCCGGAUGUUGUAUACUAUUCAGAACACAUGCCUCGGGAACCUCAUGCCAUUCCGCGUGGAGGCAAAUGUGGCUCUUCCAGCUGAUAUUGAAGAUGACGAGUUGGUGACAGAGACGCCCCCGACACAAAUGACUUACCUUUUAUACAAGUUUCGUCUGUAUGACUUGGCAGUCGACAUCUGUCAGCUUCCUGAGUCAAUCCAAGCACACGACCGCGCAAGGAUAGAGACUGUAGAUGUAAAACUCAUGCAAGAACAGGAAUGUCACCUGGCUCGCUUUACUCCUCGACUGAUGCUGAAACCGUACGACCAAGCCCACUUCUAUAUUCUGACCAUCUAUAUAAAUCACCUAAUCCUCCUGCUCCACCGGUCGCAGCUGAACACAGUCGACUGCAAGAGCCACGAAAGAUGCUUAGAGGCGGCCACAGGAACCUUGUCUAAUUUCGAGGCACUGUGUUCCACCCCGGCACUCGGGUCAUAUCGAUGGUACACGGAUGGUCUUGGGUCAUUCUACGCCUUUUUUGCUGCAACUACCCUCCUUGUGCUGUUGGGAAGUCCGCAACGCGAGACGGAGUGCAAUCCAGAAGCCGUCGUUCUUCUUGUUCGGUGCGUAGAGAGAAUGAAAGAAAGGGCAUCUCGAAGUUCUGUUUGUCAAAAAGCAGCCGAUAUUCUUGACCCUAUAGUCCAAUGUUUUGCCCCUGGACGCGUCACAGACAGCAAUGGAGACACAGAGCCGACAUUGCUUGGUGAAAUCGCAAAUGAAGGUUUAUGGCCCACAUACCCAGGGCUGGAGAGUAUGUUUUAUGAUGUUCCGUGCGAGCAGUGGUUGACUCCGUCGGAAUCUGUCUGGAACGCCGCACAGAACCUCUGGGGUCCAUCAUCCGCGAGUGUAUCGACACUAUGA